AUGUGCACAGUAGAGUUGAUCCUGUAUUUUGGAGAACCAUCUAAAGGACCACUCAUAUGGAGGAUCAUUGAUGCAUCUCACUCAUCAGCUUCCUGGACUGUGCAUCUGAUGUGGAAGGCAUUGGAGCCAUCUGAAGCCAAUGGAGUAAUCUUGCAGUAUGAAGUGACUGUUAGACCUAAAUCAUCUCUCUCCAGUCCACUAGAGAAAUAUAGUGUUAAUACUACCAACCUUACAUUAAAGCUACCAAAUGGAACUUAUGAAGUGUCUGUGAUUGCCCGUAACAGAGAAGGGGCAUCCCCUCCAUCAGUUUUGCUUAUCCCAGCAAGUAAUUCAAAAGCUCCUGUGAAGAAUCUUCGAGCACUACCUAAAGAUGGAAAGUUGUGGGUAGAGUGGACUGCUCCCAACAGUUAUGUUCUUAAAUAUGUGAUUGAAUGGUGUCUUCUGUCCAACAGCUCAGACUGCAUCAUAGAAUGGCAAAGCGAACCAGGGAGUGUUCAAGAAACAUAUUUAAAAGGUGAUAUAAAGCCGUUUAAGUGUUACUUAAUAACUGUGUACCCUCUAUAUGAUGAUGGUCAGGGAAGUGGACUCUCUGUGAAUUUUUUUUAGGAUCGUCCUUCAAAAGGACCAACUGUUCAGACAAAGAAAGUAGGAAAAGCUGAAGCUGUUUUGACAUGGAACCAUCUCACAGUGGAUGAACAAAAUGGAUUUAUCAGAAGUUACGUCAUACUUUACAAAACUAUUGAUGGAAGUGAAACAGCUGUGACAGUGGAUCCUUCCAAGACAGAGUAUACUCUUUCUUCUCUAACCAGUGACACUCUGUAUACUGUGCGGAUGAUGGCAUACACUGAUGAAGGAGGCCGGAGUGGUCCUGAUUUUACAUUUACUACACAAAAAUUUGGGAAAGGAGAAAUUGAAGCUAUAGUUGUACCUGUGUGUCUAGCAUUCCUGUUGGUUGUGCUCCUUGGAGUUUUGUUUUGCUUCAACAAACGUGACUUAAUUAAAAAGCAUAUCUGGCCUAUUGUUCCAGAUCCAUCCAAGAGUAACAUUGCUCAGUGGUCUCCUCAAGUUCCAGCUAAGCAUAACUUUAGUUCUAAAGAUGAUCACAUGUACCCAGAAGGCAGCUUUACAGAUGUAAGCGUCGUAGAAAUAGAAGCGGAUGACAAGAAGUCUUUUUCAGAACAAGAUCUAAAACCCUUUGACUUACUUAAAAAGGAAAAAAGUACUUCAGAAGGGCACAGCAGUGGCAUUGGAGGAUCCUCCUGCAUGUCUUCUCCUAGGCAAAGUGUCUCAGACAGUGAUGAAGGUGAAACUACACAAAAUACUUCAAGCACUGUACAGUAUUCAACAGUAGUACUUAAUGGCUACAGAGACCAAACACCUGUACAAGUCUUUUCAAGAUCUGAGUCAACUCAGCCGCUGCUAGAUUCAGAAGAGAGAUCAGAGGAUCAUUCUGGAGGAGGUGACAGUUCAGCACUCAGGCAACAGUAUUUCAAACAAAAUGGUGGUCAAGAUGAAGCCGACACAGACAGGCCAUGCUUUGAAAGAACAAAGCAAAUUACUUCUGUUGAUGAGGAGGAUCUUGUUGGAUUUGCACAACUGCAGAUCUUAGGUCAGAGUUCGCAGCUGUUGGGCCUUGAGCUGGAAAAAAACAUCCGGGAAGCUGCUCUGCCAGAUAUUUUGCAGACAAAUACUGAAGGACAGACUGUGAGACCUGAAGCAGUGGGAGGAAAUCCACUAUUAGUUGAUGAAAUGCCAAAAAGUUACCUCCCACAGACUGUGAGACAAGGGGGCUAUAUGCCUCAGUGAGAGAAGGGACUGGCUCUGUUUAGGUCUUCAUUUAGUGCCUGUUCACAGUUUCUCCUGUGUUUCUGAUAAAUUAAGCUAGGUAUUUUUAUCUGAAUGCAGGUAGAAAUACUGAAAUUAAGUGAAGAGUAAUUUGACAAAGUACAAUAAGGACUGUGUUUCCGUGGAAAACUUGCAGUCCAGACCUACUGGAGAAUUACCUUUAUGCACUACAUAAAAUCUUAUGUCUGGAUAGCUGAAAAAGCCUUUGUGCUGCCUUGGGGAUUUUGUGUCUUGCCAUAUCAGAUGUACACAUGAUUGAAAAUGGCAAGUUUCAAUUAAUCACAUCGGCCAACAGACCUUGUAGUAGAAAUACUUUGAUUUUUGACACUGUACAAAUCUAAAAAGCCAGCUUUAGUUGCUUGGAGCAU